AAAUACCUGGUGCCUUGUGCAAGCUGCCAAGCAGCGCCAAGUCAGUCAGGUGCCGUGGAAGGAAUGGCUGACUCCGCCUCGGAUAGGGCUGAUUAUCGCGGACUCGGCUAACCGAAACCGUGUCAACUCAUCGUCAAACCUGGAGCAGAAGUGCACGCAGCUAAAUUUGACAAGGUGGGGAUAGGCGCACCGAUUAGCCUGAUGAUUCGUAGGCACGGUCUGGCAAACGUUGCCGUUUUAUCGGCGCCUCAAUCGAUGUCUUGACUGCUGCUCCUAAGCUGUUCGCAAUCCCUUUAAACCUGUGAUUGAACUUGCACUGCCAAAAAACAUGUGGACGUUACCAAGUUCGUUGUCUCAGCUGGCAAGGUUCGCCGUGAUCGUGAUAUCACUGUUUGUCUCCCAUGUUCAAGCCGGAGAAUAUUCAGUGAUUAUGGUCGAGGCGGACGAAAACAUUCAUCAGUUUUGUAUGGUCUACUUCUCGGAAUUCAAGGAGUUGCCGGAAAGCCCAGAUAUGAUGCCCUACAUGAAAAUGGUUAACAUGACGGCACAUGACGGGUGCAAGAAGCUGCAGUCGGUUAACCUGCAUGGCAAGGUGGCACUCAUCAAGGACACUGCCAACUGCACUUUGGACAAGGUGGUACUACACUUCAAGGCGGCCCAGGCGUACGGCAUCAUCAUUUCCACGCCGAGGUUCAAAGUUGACAACAUAAUCAUUGACAGAAACGACACUCGGCGCGUCGACCUAGUUGUUGGAUUUGUCACCGAGGCGACCAGCAACUCUUUGCUGGGCUUGAUGAAACCCAAGGAGCCUCUUUUAACAAAACUUUUUACAAAGAAGAAAAUGUCAUUUGAUUUCAGCCUCAUCAUAAUUUGGCUUGUGGCUGUGUUUACCUUAGGAGUCGGGUCAUAUUGGUCGGGCUUAGUGAAGCAUGAGAUCUACCAGCACGAGGUCGGUCGGUGCACCCACACAGGCGCCGCUACGGCAGCCAGUGAGGCGGCCGUGGACGGCUCCCAGUCCAAGUCUGAGAACCUUAUGGAGGAAGAGAGCUCGCUCGACGUGUCACCCGUGCUCGUUACGCUCUUCGUCAUCUGCAUGGGGGUCAUGUUGCUGCUCCUCUACUUCUUCUUCCAAUACCUGGUGUUCUUCAUCAUUGGUAUGUUUGCUCUGGCAUCUGUGGUCUCUGUCAUCGGUGUCCUUGAGCCUCUCAUCUACAUGGUGCCACUGGGGAUCACAAGAAUCCCCAAGAAUGUGUGCCCCUGCUUCCACGGACCCCUGGAGAUCCGUCAGCUGGUGCUGAUUAUAUUUGCCAUCUCCGUGUCCGUCACGUGGGUCGUCCUGAGGCACCACCCCCAGUCGUGGAUCCUGCAGGACCUGCUGGGAGUGGCCUUCAGCAUCAACAUGCUCAAGACACUGCGGAUGCCAAACCUCAUGAUAUGCAGUGUGCUCCUGAUUUUGCUGUUCUUCUAUGACAUCUUCUUUGUGUUCAUCACACCCUUUUUGACCAUGAAGGGGGAGAGCAUCAUGGUGGAAGUGGCCAGGGGAGGCAACAGCCAGGAGCAGCUGCCCAUGGUGCUGCGGGUGCCCCACCUCAACAACGAGUCCCUCUCCGUCUGCUUCAGCCAGUUCUCCUUGCUGGGCUUUGGAGACAUUCUGGUGCCAGGGCUUCUAGUUGCCUACUGUCAUGGCUUUGACCUGCUCAACACCAGGAACCGCGUUUACUUCCUGUCGGGAACCAUUUUCUACGGCGUGGGACUAGUGGUGACCUUCGUGGCCCUGUACAUGAUGAAGACACCGCAGCCGGCAUUGCUGUACCUGGUUCCAGCCACACUGAUCCCAACAGUGUGCAUUGCAUGGUGUCGGGGACAACUGAAAGAGAUCUGGCACGGUAGCAAGCCUGCUCCACCCGCGCUGGUAGCCCCGCCUCCUUCUCUCCCAGCCACGCCCUCUGCGAGCGGCAGCGACACUGGGCGGAGCCCGUCCCCGGCAAGGGGAAGGGGGUCUCGCUUGACAGAGUCCCCAGGGACCAGUCCCCGGGGCCCCGUGCCCGCCAGCCCCAGCAUAAACUACCGACCCGACGUCCCGCUUCUGAGCGCUCCCGAACACCUCGAGAGCGACAUGCCGCCCCACUACGGGCCCCCUGACAUCUAUCGGCAUCCGGCCGACAAAGACGGCGUCGCCGACAGAGUCGUCAAGGAAGACGCCGACGGCCCGACCGGCGCGAACAGGGCGCACGACGCCAGACAAGCAGGGGAGAACUCGCCGUUGAACAAUUGGGGUGAUGGACAGCCACUGGUCAAGUACAUGUCUACGGGUGUCCAGCAGAGCUGAGCGGGAGUCGCGUCGUCGGCCUCCCAGGUACGGUGCCCGGAACAUAUCUCCCACCGGCGCGUCUACCGCGCCCUAAAAAGCGGUCCCGCAAUUUUUGCCCAACAACGUCUUAGAAGAGUCCCCCGUCGUCGCUGGCCGCAGUCCUGCGGUGUCGGGGCAGCCGAGAUGGAUGCAGCAGACCUCCGUUCUGCCGCGGGGUGCCCUCCAGCAUGGAGGUAGGAAGCCUCCGUACGUGGCUUGAGGCCACCAGAGGUGACGCCAGAAGAGUGUAGGGACACGCCACCAACGAUGGCCAAAACCAAGAGACGCUAUUGGACGAAAGGGAUAGCUGUUGAGUCAGCUCUCCUUUUCAUCCGAUAGCAUCUCUCGUUUUUUGUCACGGUUGGGGGCGCAUCCCUUCACACUUCUAGCUUCACCUCUGGUGGCCUCGUGUCGCCUUCGGAAGUUUCCUACCUCCGUAGCCUCCAGCCCGACACUCCACGGAAGCUUCGCCAGCCGAAAGCUGGGGCGCCGCAACGACGGCGACACCUGCAUUUGCUCGUGCUUUUUGCCGCCAUUUCCAUGACCGACCACCGGGAUACUGACAUCCGUGGCACGACGCUCCGGCUUUUGCGAUGUUGUUUGUCGCCACCAGGGGACCACUUUAGACGCGCGGGCGGGAUGGGACGCCAAACGCGCUGGUUGGAGCCGCAUUCUACGCGCCGUUGCUGUGGUGGCGAAUUCUACGCGAGGCCGGUGCGGGGCGCAGAUUGCACACGAGUGCCGCACAAGCGCUCAACCAGGACUCGUCUUUCCUGCAGCGGAACGCGAGUUCUGGCCGAACGCCGACGCUGCCCUCAUAUCCAAUCCACGCCCCGCAUUCGCCUCUUGCAAUGCGAAAAAUUCGGCACUACAGCGUCGCUACCUGGGAGGCAAUGGACCUGGCUCCUUGCGGUGACGACCGGACCAACGGUGCCUUUUUGGCUGUUGUCUUAUUUUCUUCGGGGCCUUACGUUGGGCCGAAGGGGACGGGGCAGCCCAAAAUUACGCUCGCGAGGGCGGGCCGCUCCGAGCUGCUGAGAGUUUGGAAGCGGCGCUUACCCGCGAUUCCGAUGCGUAUGGUACGUCGGUUGCUAAAACCUUGCACCGUGUCGAAUAUUUUUUCAUUACUUCUCGUGCCAUUUAGCUCAUGCCGUUUCACAAGGCAGUUUCUUUGCAAACAAACGAUUUUGCCGUUUGCGAGUUGACAACGAGCAGUCACAAUUUGUACUCGUGAGGGUCAAGCUACGAAGGGUAAAAGUUUCUUUUAUCGAGAACACAUUUUUGAGAUGCAGAUCGAAAAUUAGAACUGAAACCUUUCAAGUCUUGGUAUGACGUACAAAGCUGUUUUAUUACGUGAACAAACAAAACAAGGGGAUGCCAUUUGUACAGGAUUACAACUCUUGUAUACUAUUGCAGAUCUUGUACAAAAUAUGUGUAUUGUGUAUUAAAUACACACUCAGUAAAUACUGUUCAUAGUGGACAUAGUACAUUUAUUUAGUGUUUACAGUUUAUUUAAUUUCACCGAUAGAAACCAUAUGAAAGGUCUUUGUUCAUUCUAUAUUUAUGGGGUUAUCAUGUCCCUCCAGACCCAGGAGUGUAUGGUGAAAAGGUAUAAUGAUAUGAACAUGAAAGCCAUACUUUAUUGAAGAAAAUAGGAGAUGUCAUCAGAAAGGACAUGAGGCCUUUAGAAACGUUUUGAAGAAACUA